AUGUGUUCAUCCGACAUGAGGACAGAUCGUUGGAACUAUGCUCUCGAUUCAGUGAAUGAUUUGACCGAUAAAUAUGAACUGGUGGUUGUGCAAUGGAAGGACGCAAAUGAAUUGGGUCAGGGGCAUAACUCUCCUGUCAACAUUCUUCUCCUCAUCUCUUCAUAUGCCUUUAUCUGGCUUCUCUCAAGUCCUAAGAUGUCCUUUUGA